AUGACUGUAUAUAUAGCAGCUCAAGAUUUGUCUGAGUUGAGCGAUGAAAAUAUGUGUAAAAAACGUCGUUUAAAGACACCGCCUAUUUAUGUAAUGGAUGCAUGUAAUAUGAGUACUCAGAACUCAUUAAAUACUGUGAAUCAAUCGUUUCUGAAACCAAUAUCAAAUACACACAUAUUAAUGCCGAAACUUACUUUAGAACCGAGUUUUUUGAAUUAUGUGCCUUAUGAUGAGCUUACCCGUGUGAUUUCUGACUUCAUAUUCCACAAAUGUGUUUUGGAAUCACUUAAAUAUAUUGAAAUUGAGGUUAAAAUAGGCCAAAUUGUAGAUCUUAUGACAAGGGAGAGGCUUAGAUUGCCUGUUUUAACGGAAACAAGUAUGAAUGUAUGUUCUUUUUUGAAAGAUAUUGUUGAUUGUGGAUACUUAGUUAUUGAUAAUAAUGAAUUAAAGAUUAAAUUUGAAUCAAAUAUGACAGAGUCUCAACAUAAAUAUUUUAAUCGUUUUUUAAAUUCGUCAUUUGAGAAAUCUCAGACAAAGAUUAAGGACGGACGGCCUAGAACACCAAUGAAAUAUAAACAUACAAAGGAAAUAGACAGAUUUUACAGUAAUGUAUCAUUAAACCAUGAUUUUCAGAACAGAAUUCGAGUUACUACAGAAAAGAAGACAGGUCAAGUGAUAUCACGAUUGAUUAAAACAAGAGUUGCAAGUUUAAAUAUAUUUAGUCCAAAAACACUGUUUGAUUGGAGAAUUAGUAUAAAUACUGAAACUCCCGUUGAAUCGCAACCAUUGGGUGUUCUUAUUAUGGAAAGAGAUAAAGAUAGACUAAGCUAUGUACAUCAAUAUUGUCAGAUUGAUUUAACGCAAGUUGUUUCUGAGAAUGGCCCCAAAACACAUGAAUUAGAGGUAGAGUUAUUAAAUAUUGAUGAAAUAAAAAAACAUGGAGAUGCUGCAAGCCAUGGACGACCUAAUGAUUUUGAAAAUAUUGUGCGCUUAUUUGUGGAUAAUGUACGUAUAUUAGUUAGACAAAAUAUUACCAAUAUUCAUUAA